UCAAGUUCCUGCUCUGCGUCCGCGUGGCAUGGAUCUCCCUCCCGACACGCUGCAAUCCUCACCUCACCUUCAUAUCGCUGCCGUUGUCACCACCACCACCACCGCCGACCGUUGUUCUACCCCCCUCCCCCCGCUUCCAGCAUGGCGUUCUACGAUUCCCGAUGAAUCCUCUUAAUCUUGCCUCUUCCUCCUAAUCGCAUCACACCUGCAGGAAUGCUCAUCGUUGGGAAGAUCCUCUUUCACUUUGGCUACCCUUCUCUGAUCAGCGCGACCUGACGUCGAAUCAGAUCGUCCGUCGCCCGUGCUGAGCGGUGGUGCUUCGAUAUACACCGUGUCCAGUUCCCUCAUCCUGAGCUUUCGAGAUGUCGUUUCACGGCAUCCUAGACGGCCCGUGGGUCGAUCAAUAUCAUUCCAUGCAGUCGUCAAUGACCACAUUAUGGCAGCAACAGUUUCACCCUCGUCGCCUAAGGGCUCGUCCGGCCAGGACACUUGUGUUCAUAGUCGUCGCAUGCUUCUUUUUCAUCACCCUGUUGUCGCGUUCUGGCGAACCACCUGUCAACUAUUGGCUUAAAUACCCCUCAUAUCCUCCCUCCCGCGAGCGCCCUGAAGACUCUCCGAUGGUCUUUCCAGGAAGACAUGCUUUGGAUCGUAACGAAACCCUUUUGCAUAGUCUGCAAAAGUCCAGCCCGUCCUUUCACCUUCUUAUACCUACGUCGCGCAAGUCCUCCUCGCUAUGCCGUAGCUUGACGUCGGCUAUGAUUCUAAACUACCCCCCACCCACGUUGAUCAACUACGGCAAAGCCCACCCGGAAGGAUCCACGGAAUACGCCUCCAUGGUGGACCGGAUAGCGGGCAUAUAUAACUAUCUUGCAUAUAGUUCGCAGAUAAAGGAUACCGACCUUGUCCUCGUCCUUGACCCUCAGGAUAUUUUUUUCCAACUGCCGCCCGAGGUGUUGAUCCAGCGGUAUCAAAACCUGCUUAGGGAGAACAAUGCGAAGUUACUAGAAAAGUAUGGGACUGUGACGGUGGACAGGCCCUACCGUACAGAGGCGCAAGAAACGAUACAGAAGUACUCGCAAAGAGUGAUGUUCGCAGCCAGCAAGGAGUGCUUUCCCGGCCUCGAAAUGGAUGCUGGGUGUGUCACUGUUCCGCAGUCUAGCCUGCCCCCGGAUGCUUAUGGGUGGAAGACGGAUACCCACCCUCAGGGGCACUUGAAUCGGCCGCGCUGGCUUAAGCCUGGUGCAGUAAUUGGCCAGGCGGCUGAUCUCAAGAUGCUAUAUGCUGAGGUACUACGAUUUGUGCACCAGCACCGUAAUGCGCGGGGUGAUUAUCUAGCGAUGACUCAGAUUUUCGGUCGACAAGAAUACGUCCGCGAGCUGGAAAGGCGAAAUACUGCGAACGGGUUCAAGGAGUGGCUUUACACUCUGAUCGGCAUUUCAGACGCGUCGAACAUCACAGGAGCUACUCCACCACGUCUUGAGCAUGGAACCCGAUACGAAUAUGGUAUUGGGGUCGACUAUGAAUCCCGGCUAUUCUUCAACAUGCGUAAUGCUAAGAUGGAUGUCGAAUGGCUUCAUUAUAACAAUGUCACCAAGACGUCAGGUGUGCAGAUGGAGCAUGGCGUUCCCAGAGAGAAACGCCUGCUGAUCCCUACGGAUAUUACCACGGAGAACAUUGGCAAUCCGUUCGUUCAGCCCAAAUUUGGCAAGGAUGAAUGGCCGAACCCACCGUUCAAUGCUACUCUUGAUAAACUUCCAGAUCCGCGCAACCAUACAUGGCAUAAUAUUCCAUUGCUGACCAACACUCACUCGGCGUCUGUUCCGGCUCUGUUGCACCUAGAUGGGGACCACGCUGUCCUAGAUAAGUGGUGGUCCGAGAUGUGGUACCAGCCAUGGGCCCGUGCUCUUCUACGCAAGUAUAUGCGUACACCGAAUGGAUUCGAUGCUUCCCAGUCUGCUUUGCUGGGAGGCCAAGAAUGGUGGGAUAUGCGCGGCGGUAAGGGGGGAAUCUGGACCGACAAGGGCGAAUGGCUCGCCUACACCGAAGUCUGCGGAAGUUAUGACAAAGAACUCUUCGCCGAUGAACUUGGACCCUAUGGAAAAGAGAAUGGCGAAGAUGCCGAUGAGCCGGUCUACAACAAAUUUGGCAACGUUAUCAAGGGCAAAGAAAACUAAAACGGUAUCCUAAUAUGGCAAAGCCCCCUUGGAUCUCUGUGACUGGCUCUUCAGAGAACCAUGGAAGUGGCUUAGGCUGUCAUGAGGAUAUGAACGUUUCACCUAUAAACGCAUUCCUCUUUUUCCUUCCUGCAUAUAUUACCCAUUUCAAGCUGCAAGGUGCAGCGAGCGCUAGCCAUCAGCAUUGGCAGCGCAUAUUGAUGUGGUGUUUGGGGUUUACUGCCGUUGGUUUUUUUUUUCAGCGAACUGGUUCUUGUGCAAAAUCUUGAAAUAUGUGCCUUGCCUUGCAUGCUUUGCAGGCUUCAUAGCAGCCUGGCAUAGAGGUCAUUUGUAUGAUAUUUUUUUUCUGGGUU